GAAGAAGUCAGGUACCUUCUCUCUGCGUUUAGAGCAGCAGUCAUAUAUCAGAGUCUGGCAAACAAAGCUGCCUUCUGUGUCGCUAGCGUGGAGCUUUUUUGGCUAUGCAAUUAUUUAUUUGAGAAAUUCAUCGGUUCCGACAGAAAAAGCCAGAGAAGAAGAGUGAGAUUAAAGAGUUUGGUCCCUUUUCGGUGUCCAUCCUCUCAGCCUGAUUUAAAGAAGAUUUUUUCCCCCUGAUCUCCGGGGAACCAUGAGCUUCCUUUUUGGAAACCGUUCGUCCAAAACAUUCAAGCCCAAGAAGAAUAUCCCGGAGGGUUCUCAUCAGUAUGAGCUGUUGAAACACGCCGAGGCGACGCUGGGGAGUGGAAACCUGCGCAUGGCGGUCAUGUUGCCCGAGGGGGAAGACUUAAAUGAGUGGGUUGCCGUCAACACGGUGGAUUUCUUCAACCAGAUCAACAUGCUGUAUGGCACCAUCACAGACUUCUGCACAGAAGAAAGUUGUCCAGUCAUGUCUGCCGGUCCUAAGUACGAGUAUCAUUGGGCCGAUGGAACCAACAUCAAGAAGCCCAUUAAAUGCUCAGCCCCCAAGUAUAUCGAUUACCUCAUGACAUGGGUGCAGGACCAGCUGGAUGAUGAAACGCUUUUCCCUUCAAAGAUCGGCGUUCCCUUUAAGCGCAACUUCAUGUCUGUGGCGAAGACCAUCCUGAAGCGGCUGUUCAGGGUUUACGCCCACAUCUACCACCAGCACUUUGACUCCGUCAUGCAGCUGCAGGAGGAGGCCCACCUCAACACUUCCUUCAAACACUUCAUCUUUUUUGUACAGGAGUUCAACCUCAUUGACAGGAAAGAGCUGGCCCCACUACAGGAGCUGAUUGAGAAACUCACCACUAAGGAUAGAUAAACAACAAUGCAGACAUGUAUUUUAUCGUUCUAGUUUUUUGCACAGAUACCCACCCCCUCCUCUGGCUGUAUGUAUGCAGUAUAUACUACAUGGAUUUCCAUUUGGGGAAAUGUUUUUAACAUUGCCAGGAAGACGGCUGGGUUUUUGAUAGAUUUAAGGCACCAGGACUAAUUUUUUUUUUUUAUUGUUAUUAUUAUUAUUAUUAUUAUUAUCAGGGAUUAUAGACUUGGUUAACAUUGAGAGAGAAAAAAAACAUUUAGGUGCAUGGAAGAGAAUCCCUUGUAUCCACACAUGACGAUUAUAAUUUAGAAUUAUAAAGACAUAUUGUAUGUUCAUGAAUUUUCAUUUCUCUGACCAGCCAAUGCACUCACAAGUGAGAAUAGCGGUGAAAUUCGAAGCCAGCUUUAAGUCUUGGUCAGUAGUUUUCCCUCUUUUGUUUCGUUCUCCAUUCAAAGGUCAGACUUUAGUUGACCGCUGUAGUUGCCAUCAGUACAGAAGAACCCUAAGUGCCUAGCACGGCUCGUCGUCGCCCUAUAUCAGCAACGAGAACUGUCCGAAGAUUAAGGCCAUAUUUGAUCGACAUAUUUCAAGUUUUCAACCUACCUCCCUUUAGACCUAAACAGCCCUGAAUUUUCCUAUUUGUUACUUUAUUCUUUACCUUUUAUUGGAUGGAUUUUUUUUUUUUUCUGUAAACUCCCAAAUUUACUCCUUUCAUUUUUGCAAGUCUCCUUGUGCUCUGAGAGGGUGAUGAUAAAUGAAUGUGUCAAAGGUUAUAGAAGUGAGGCUAGAGUUUCUUUUUUUUUUUUAUUUUAGAGCAGGGACUAUUAUUAAGAAUAAUAAUAAUAAUAAGCUCUUAGGUUUGUCCCUGUGUGCUAGUUUCCUCCUUUAAACGCUCAAAUCUUUCGAGUAGAAACAUUUAGCGAGGGAUCAGAAACCUUCAACUGUACAUACAUACCUGCAGAUAGAUACAGAUGCAUAUUUAACCUCCACUGUUAGAGAACUUAUAAGCAUUUUUGAGUCAGAUAACGCUACAUACCUUGGUAUCUGGAUAGCCAUGAAGCACUUUGAACAAGUUUUCAAACCACUCUUGCCUGAAUGUUUUUCCUCUGCAUAUGUCGAACGUUGUGAGAAGAUGUGUCAUGUGACUGGUCGUACGCAGUAGAGCUCAAACGCAUACACGUAUAAUUUCAGGUUUUUUGAGAGCUAAAAAUGUGAGAACAUUGAUGGACAAUUUUCCAAACUUUUCCCCACCUUCUACCGCAACAAAAUUGUGCAAUUUUAAAAGCUACGCUAACGAAUCCGUUUUGGGACGAAAUAAAAAAAAAAAGUAGAAAGUUUCCACAACCUUGAACGAACCUGAACUGUAUCAUACUUUAGCAUGAGAUCCCUUUGUUAAUCUACAAACUACAACUUUAAAUUUAAAUGCUGAAAUUUAUUUAUUUUUUUUUAAAAAAAAGUUGUGCAAGUAACUACUACAUUACAUUAAAGGUGGAAAAUGUUGGAAAUGACUUAUGGUCAUACUCUUAAAAUCCUGAAAUUUUAACAGCUGAGUUUUGAGAGCUACUGUAUCUUUUUCCUCAUAUUUUUCCAAAUGAAUGUUAAAUGGAUCCGUUUCCUCCGAGGUUAGCUGUAAGGCACAACUAAUGAUUUAUUCUACUUGUGUGAUUUUUCUUUCUUUCUUUUUGUUACUGUGCAAUAAAAAGUUGAAGCAUGCUCCCAUUU